AUGAAUCUCCCCCUAAUCUUUAACUCCUCCUUAAUAAUUACAAUCACAACCCUUCUCACCCCGAUUCUUCUAGCAUCUACCUCACUAAACACCCAACACCUCCACAAAAUAAUUAAAACAGCAGUAAAAACCUCAUUUUUCAUUAGCCUGAUCCCCCUUUCGAUUUUCCUCGACCAAGGGUUAGAAUCUAUCACAACCAACUUUCACUGAAUAAAUAUCAACUCUUUCGAUAUCAACAUGAGUUUUAAAUUCGACAUCUACUCCUCAAUCUUCCUCCCUAUUGCCCUAUUUGUAACAUGAUCAAUUCUAGAGUUCGCCACAUGAUACAUAGCAUCAGACCCAUUAAUCACUCGAUUCUUUAAAUAUCUCCUCACCUUCUUAGUAGCCAUAGUUAUUCUAGUCACAGCAAACAACUUCUUUCAACUGUUUAUCGGUUGAGAAGGCGUUGGAAUUAUAUCCUUCCUUCUUAUUGGAUGAUGAUACGCCCGAGCAGAUGCCAACACCGCGGCCCUACAGGCCGUGAUUUACAACCGAGUAGGAGACAUUGGACUCAUUCUAAGCAUGGCCUGAGUGGCAAUAAACCUAAACUCAUGGGAAAUACAACAAGUAUUUAUACUUAAUCCCGAAAACCUCACCCUCCCCCUACUAGGACUAAUUCUAGCAGCCACUGGAAAAUCAGCUCAAUUUGGCCUCCACCCGUGACUUCCGGCGGCAAUAGAAGGCCCCACCCCUGUUUCAGCCCUACUACACUCAAGCACGAUGGUUGUAGCCGGAAUCUUCCUGCUAAUUCGCAUCCACCCCAUAAUCCAAAACAACAACACUGCAUUAACAAUUUGCCUAUGCCUUGGGGCAAUUACAACACUCUUCACAGCUGCUUGCGCCUUAACACAAAACGACAUCAAAAAAAUUGUGGCAUUCUCUACAUCCAGUCAACUUGGCCUCAUGAUAGUUACAAUCGGACUUAAUCUUCCUCAACUAGCAUUCUUCCACAUCUGCACCCACGCAUUCUUCAAAGCCAUACUAUUCCUAUGCUCGGGGUCUAUUAUUCACAGCCUAAAUGACGAACAAGACAUUCGUAAAAUAGGCGGCCUACAAAACUCUCUCCCCACCACCACCACCUGCUUAACAAUUGGGAGCCUUGCCCUUACCGGAACCCCCUUCCUAGCAGGAUUCUUCUCUAAAGAUGCAAUCAUUGAAGCCCUAAACACCUCUCAGACCAACGCAUGAGCACUAGCCCUUACACUAAUCGCUACAUCAUUCACAGCUGUUUAUAGCUUUCGAAUUAUCUUCUUCGCCUCUAUGGGUCACCCACGAUCCAACCCUCUCUCACCUAUUAAUGAAAACAACCCUACAGUAAUAAACCCUAUUAAACGCCUAGCUUGAGGAAGCAUUAUCUCCGGACUUGUAAUCGCAUCAAACAUACUCCCAAUUAAAUCUCCUAUUAUGACUAUACCACUUAUGGCGAAACAAGCAGCCAUCCUGGUUACCAUGGCCGGUCUAAUUAUCGCAAUUGACCUCGCCAACCUCACCACUUCCAUUAACACCCCGACCAAAACAAAAGUUCACUCUUUCUCUAACCUCCUUGGAUUCUUCCCACUGAUUAUUCACCGACUCACACCAAAAACUAACCUAAACAUAGCACAAAAAAUCGCCACACACAUUGUGGAUAUAUCCUGAUAUGAAAAAGCUGGUCCUCAAGGACUAGCCAACCAGCAACUGCCAAUAAUUAAAACCACUUCAAACAUUCAACAGGGAUUAAUCAAAACCUACCUCACCCUCUUCUUAAUAACCUCUGCCAUUUUAAUCUCCCUACUCUAA